AUGGCAGCGAAAGUAUUCCUGACUGGCACGACCGGCUAUAUUGGCGGGGAUUUCCUCUAUCUUGUCUCAGAGAAACAUCCAGACUGGGACAUCACAUGCUUGGUUCGCAACAGUGACAAGGGCGCCACGGUUGCAGCAGCCUAUCCUAAGGUGAGACUCGUGUACGGGGAUCUCGAUGCCGUCGAAACGAUAGAGGAAGAAGCCGCCAAUGCCGAUAUCGUCUAUCAUUUCGCCAAUUGUGAUCAUGAGCCAUCAGCGAACGCCAUUGCAAAAGGCCUUGCUCGGCGUCCGAGUGAUAAACCGGGCUACUGGAUCCACACGUCAGGAACUCUGAUUCUAGCUUGGGAGACGAUCGAGCUCGCAGAGUUUGGAAACAGGCUGGAUAAAGUCUUUGACGACUGGGAGAAUGUCAAAGAGUUGACAUCUCAUCCAGACCACGCCCCCCACAGAAAUGUUGACAAGAUCGUCCUGGCUGCAUCAUCAGACAAGGUCAAGACAGCAAUCGUUUGCCCCCCAACCAUUUGGGGAGUUGGUCGGGGUCCAGACAAUACACGCUCUGUGCAGAUAUACAACGCCGCCAAGGCGUUCUUGAAGAGGGGCAAAGCCUUCAAGGUCGGCAAGGGAGAGAAUAUCUGGCAUCAAAUUCACGUCGCCGACCUUUCCGAACUUUAUCUCCUCCUCGGGGAAGCGGCCUUGAACAAGGGCAAUCCAGCCACGUGGAAUGCCGAAGGCUACUAUCUGGCCGAGAAUGGGCCAUUUGUCUGGGGAGAUGUGCUCCAAGAGAUGGCGAACGUGGCUCACAAAAAAGGGCUCCUGCAGGAUUCGACGCUUGAGAGUCUGCCACCACGCGACGCCGAGGCAUUCUUCCCCAACGCCAGCUUUGCAAUUGGAACGAACUCGAGAGGAAUAUCGAUUCGCGGCAAGAAACUGCUCGGAUGGAAGCCUGUCAAGAGAGAAUUGGUUGAAGAGCUUCCCGAAGCUGUCGACAGUGAGGCGCGACUUCUCGGGCUGACUCACGGUCACGCUGCAGAAGCUGCGGGCGAAGCUGCUUGA